AUGGCUCAUGGGACGAAACCAUACGUUGGGAAUCUGUUUCUAUUCGGAUCUAAGGCAUAUGUCAGAGUGGACACUAAGAAAAGCGAGAAGAUGGCUCUGCGCGCCCAGAUAGGAUUCUUGGUGGGAUAUAAAGCUCACAAUAUCUGGAAGGUAUGGACUACUAGAUCUAAUGGAUCGAAAGUCAUACGCGCCAGAGACGUCAUCUUCGACGAGACGAAGAAAUAUGACCUAGAACAUCUAUUUGUUAAAGAGAUUGUCAGAGAAGAUGUGCAGAGAUAUAUUGAUAACAUUGACAUACCAAAUCUUGAAGACAUCGAGCAAAACAAUAUAAUUGACUCAGUUGACGAAGAUAUGAAUCUACAAAGCAUGGUCAGCCCAGUUGUGUCAAAUAUUGAAAAUACUGAAGGCACAUUACCUCAUGAUUCUAUGGAUAUUAGCAGGCCAGGUCAAGCACUGGAUAUACAACAAGAUGUGCCACAAAACAUGGAGAUUGAUGAACCAACCCAGCCAGAUCAGGAUACUAUAGAUAUUGACCAUGAAAAUCCAGAAAAUGAAGCCCAAGAAGCGACACAAAUUGACAAUCAUAAGAAAUCUGUGGUGAAGAAGUUGAAAAUUGACUCAGCUGGAGGGGUGGAGCAUGAGGAAAAUAUCAAGGAAGAAGUUGACAAGGAUAAGAAUAUCCCUAGCGACAAACAGCUUCCUCAAUCUUCAAGUCCUGUGACCAUGGAAAGGCUUUCAGCCAAUCAUGAUGCAGAAAAAGCAAAUAAUGUCAACAACAACUUACCUACCCCGCCUCAAGGAGCCUCUCAGCAUUCAAGCGAAAAGAAUGAGUCAACAGGAACUCAGGAACCCCUUAGUACCUCUCGAGCACAGGAGAUUAACGCGGACCUCUCAGAAAGCAAUAUAGUGACAGGACCCAGGAUUCGAGUACCGUCAAAAAGAGCCCUAAGUCCAGAAUCAAGCUCUUUAUCAAGGAAGAAGCACAAAAAACUCAGCCAACCUAAGAAUUGGACAGGCAUUUUACGACACAAAUUCAAAAAUCAGUUCAUACAAGCUGCGAAAACCAAGUUUAAAGCUUUAAACAAGAAAGGCAUGUUUGAGUUUGUUCCUAGACCUCAAAAUAAGCAUAUUCUACCACUGACAUGGGUUUUCAAAUACAAAUUUGACAAGUAUGGCAAAAUUUCAAAGUUCAAAGCAAGGAUCUGUCCCAAUGAGCUCGAGAAGCGAGCAGCCACACUGGCAGCCCAAAAUUUUAGGCUGAUGAUGGCUCUAGCCACUAUAUUCGACUUGGAGAUUGUACAAUACGAUGCCAUAAAUGCCUUCAUAAACAGUCUAUUGGAUGAGGAGGUUUAUACAUUGUGUCCAGAUGGCUUCAAACAAAGUAGCAAGGUCAUAAAAUUACGGCGAGCUCUAUAUAGAUUACAGAGAAGUCCUUGGUUAUGGCAGAAAGAACUAACAACGACCUUAUUAAGUCUGGGAUUUGUUCCAAUACCUGAUGAAGAAUGUCUAUUUAUCAAAAAUGGCGUUCUUAUACUAUUUUUUGUUGAUGACAUCCUUGUGUUCUACAACAAGGACAAAAAACAAGCUAUUUUCGAAGAAACUGAGAAAGGCCUUACGAGCAAAUACGAGCUCUGA